AUGCACUUGCGGAAGAGGCUUGUGCAGCGCGGUGUGCUGCACUUCUACCCUCAUCGGUUCCAUCGACGAGUACUGGCUGCGACCGCGUCCACGCCACUGUCGUCGUCAGGCAGCAUCACUAGAGGGAGCGACUUUGCACGCUACGCGGAGGCGGAGCUCACCGAUGCGCUCCUCACGACGCCUUUGCCCACUGAGGCGGACUCCAAUCCAGUGAAACAGCGACUCACCUCCUCCCCCUCUCUCUCGCCUCCAGCAGCAACGGCUGGUGCGCAGCGCCACCACCGUCGGCGGCGCUCUCUCCACUGCGGCAGUGAGGUGUCGAGCCUGCCACCCACCCACGCCAUCUUGAACCACCUGAACAGCUCCCUGUGGCUGCAGGUACUGUCCCGCCUGCAUGGACGUGGCGCGCUUUCCGGCGAGGACUGCGCCGGGGCAAUCCGGUACCUGCCAGCCUUCACGUACCGCCCACUGAUGCCGUGGCUGUGGAACCCAACAGCCUUGUUGACGCCAGCGGAGGCAGUACAGCCGAGCCGCACAAGGCACCGAAUCGAGGCCGACCGAAGCAGCGAUGCGGAAAACUUUUCGGCUACAUGGGACACCGCGGAGGGCGAGGUGGACGUGGCGGCGGAGAUGCACAGCGAUAUGUCUGUGGCUGCGCUGGCGAUGAGUCGUCCACCUGCAGCUCCACCAGCACUGCCUGCUGCAGCCCCUCGCACAGCGUACACGGUCGCGGACAUCAGCACCGCCGCGCCACCGCAAUGGACUUCCAUUGCGACCUCUGUGGUGAGAUCGGCGUUCGCCAACGCACCGCCACCCACUCUCAAGGAGCUGCUAAAGGUGUGGCACAACCUUCUCUUCGCCCUCCGCUCUCACGCGGUGUGGGUCAGUACGCCGGAGCAGCUGCGCGGCAGCGCUCACCCGCAGCUACUGCGCCUGUUUGAGUGCUUCUACGCCGAUAUCCAGCGUCACACACAACUUUCUAGUGCGAGUGAGGCCUGCGACAGUGACGCCGUGCCCUCUAAGGAGCCACCGCGACAGCAGCGGUGUGAUGGCGUCAUUGCCGAAGUGGAGGUGCGCACGCUGACGCCGCCAAUUUUGCUUCGCAAGCUGCGGAGCCUCUAUCGUCUGCACCCCAACUCCGCAAUGCUCUUCGCCGAGCUCUACGCCAUGUGUGUGGCAGAGGAAGAGGCCUUCGUGCGUCCCCGCGCCUUCCGCGCGAGCAGCCCCGCUGACGUCUCUGUGCGAGGAGGCACUCCGCCGACUGCCGGCGCGUGGGGGCUGCAGGUCACCACGACAGCCCUUUUAAUGGAUGUUGAUCUCGCUGCCUAUUAUGCCACACUGCCGGGGCGCCGCCAUAGCGGUCUCAGCGACGCAGGUGAGCAGUGGGCCGUUACGCUGCAACACCUGCAAUUCCUUCUGCCUCGUGUCCAUCGACUUCAGCAGUGCCUGAGGGCGCAAAGGAAAUCACCAACAUCAAGCAAAGAGGCUGCCGAAGCUGCGGUGUGGCAGCCGUGGCGGCAGGUCGUGUCCGUCCUUAUGAACGUGUGCGUGUGGGUCAGCAACGACAACGCCGAGGCCGAGCGCUGCAGCGACGCGCUGCGGUGCACCGUCAAGACGCUUCGAACGAUGAUUGCUGAUUCUUCGACAGUAGGCCGCGCCAGCGCGCACAACCUGCUUGCCCCCCCGACAUCCCACGACGUGUGUACCUUCAUCUCCUGCCUUGUUGAAGCAGCCCGGGAUAGCAUGCGGGCCAAGGCAGGUCAGCUGCAGUACGGCCCGAUGGAUGGCUUGCUGGGCGUGUACCUGCUCUCUGUUGCUGUCGCUGCCGUCAUCCCAGUAAGCGUUCACUGGCACAAGUCAGCGGCUGAUUGCCAGAAGACCAGCGACAGGGUGUGCGUGCCGAACACCGAUGCUGAUGACGCCAGGGAGCUCUUGCAUAGACUGCAUCUUCUCUCUCACGCCUCGAAGUCGACGCCUCGCGAGGUCUGGGCCGCGCUGCGCUGCUCCCCAACUGCUGGCGAAGCAGCUCGCUACGGCCUCAUCACAGUCGGUCAUCGUCUCUUCAGUGAGUGCGUCAUGCCACUGGUGAGCCAGCCAAUGACCUUCGUAACUGCCCAGCGCCUCUGGGGCCGCUUGCGCGCGUGGGCCACGGAGGUAGGCCGGCCGCUGGGCCUGCAAGGUGAGCCUGUCUCCGCGUUGUGGAGACUGCGAUGGCUGCAGGAGCAGAACCGAAAGCCAUCGGCGCUGCGGUCUUACCUUACCACAGACGGCGACAACAACGCGGCCAGCGCUCUUUUAGGCCGACUCACGUCCGGUUGUAUGCUAGCCAGCAGCGACUGCGUUGCAGCUCACAAAACAGCAACGCCCCCUGGCCCUGGGCAGUGGCGCUGCGGGUGUGGCUUCGAGAAUGAAAACACUGACCCGCACCAUCUCGACACCUCCAGUGUGGGGUGCGCGGCUUGUGUGCUGCGCACUCUGGCGCCGUUCAGCUGGGAGUGCCCCUCCUGCCACACCGCCUCCAGCAGCGGUGUGUGCGUGCCGUACUGCCUGCACUGCGGAGAGGCCCAUCCUCUGGCGGAUCAGCUUGGCAUCGCCGUGAAGACACCCAACGCAGCAGAUGAACACACGUGCGGCUUGACACUGAGUGAUGGAUACCCACACGUGGGAACGGUGGCGCUGCUGCCGCAGCGAGGUCUGCCCAAGAGCUCGCUGGUCUACACAACGACGCCACUGCAAUCGCUGAGCUCGCAGGAGGCCACGGCUGGUAUGGCACGCUGUUGCUGGGACUGCGGGCAUGCCUGUGGCAGUGCGCCCGUUGACGUUGGCGAGUUGCAUGCGGCGCCACUUUCUUCACUCCACGCGGCAUCGUCUCGGCACGGAAAAGAUGACGCUUUGCUGAACAGUCUCUAUGAGGCUGGUGAUUCGCUUAGGGCUGGGGAUCCAAGAGCACUUGUCUACGUGUGCUCCGACUGCCACGCCAUCUCCAUAGGCCCACACAGUGCCGCGUGCCCCAGCAUACCCGACGGCGCUUCGACGACGGAGCACGUGAAAGCAACGGGGUCCAGCACGGCUUCCUGCAGCAGUUGUGGCAGCACGGAGCCCGGAUAUUACACUGCUGCCUUCACCUGGACGUGCGGUUGCGGUGCCUGCAACUCUGGGCUGCACGCCUACUGCCAUGCGUGCUCACGGGCCGCCCAGCAGGUCAUGGUGACGUGCCCGCACUGCAACUACGCGCAGCCCGUAAGGGGAGUUGCAGCAGGGGCCAGGAACGGGUAUACAUGUGAGAGAUGCCACCACCCACACCCUCGCGUGCUCGCUGCCGUCAAUCAGCACCGCCUCGUUCACUGUCCUGCGUGUCACGGUCACGCGCCAUUCACGAGCGCGCAGUGCUCGCACUGUGCGUGCACCGCUGUGGCGACCGUGGCAGCGCUGCUUCCAACGGAAGCGGACCAACCGUGGCUUUGUCACUACUGUGGGACAACACACGCCGUCCGCGACAGCACCGACGGCCAGCUGAGCACUCCUGCUCACCUGACGGAUUACUCACCCUUGCGUGCCCUGCUCCCACCCCUUACAGAUGCUGCGGACGGCUGCUGCACGACGUGCGGUACGCGCCGCCUACCGGCGACCAUGUGGGAGCGCGGGCGCCUGUGGAGAUGCAGCGAGUGCGGAGAGCCGCACAACAACGAGCUGGCGUGCCGGCGAUGCGCUGCUCUGGCCCCUGGAAUCCCUGCUGGUGGGGUGUACGUGUGGCGCUGCGCAACGUGCGACGCGUAUCACCCAGGAUGGGAAGUGCAGUGCCGCACGGCCGGCUGCGGUGGUCGAAGAGGAGCAGAGGGUGCGUACUCACGGCUCUGCUACUCACCAUGGACUUGCGCCGAGUGUGGUGAGGUUACGCUGUCCUCGCACGCGCCUGCUUGCGCCGCCUGCAGUGCAGAGACUCCUGCACCGUUGCGUGCCACCCUGUGCUUCUUCGGCGACGCCUGCGGGACGGCGGCGCUCCCAACGACUGUAGCGAGCGCAGAGGGCCACAGAGAAAGUGCGGAGACGAAUAGCAGCGCACAUCCCCAUGAGGAAAGCACUGACCCAGACGCCCUCCCAUACGCCCACAGAGAUGUGCAAGCGGCACCUGUCAGCGCUUGUGCAACCCUCUCCCCAUCCCUCUCGCGCCAGCCCUCAGUGCUGUCUCCAGUGCAUGCCGUGACGGUUGCAUCUACGCGUCUAGCAGAGGUGGAGGCGAUCCUGCUGCAGGCAGCUGCACACCCGUCACUGCCGUUGCUUACCGACCCGCUGGACAUGGCGCCAAUGGAAGCUGCGUCAUCUACGUCUUUGUGGUCGCACAGUAGCGGUGAUGGCUCCACACAAGCGAGUGCGUCAGCCAGUGAUUCGGCCAAGUCCCUUACCGACCUGGCCCACCGUGACGGCGUCAUUGCUGGUGGCGCCGCAGGUUCGUCGUAUCUCGCCGUAGAACCGUGGGAGGAUGCGUACGCUGCGACCAUCGUAUCGUUCUAA